AUGCUGGAGAGUGGGGUGCAGUAUGCCUGCUUCGGGAACCACGAGGCGGACGUGGGCCUCGGCGCUUUGAAGCAGCGCCUUGAGCGCUGGCACGAGCGCGGGGGCGUUUGGAUCAACACCAACAUGCCCGACCUGCUUCCGGAGCUGAAUUUACCAAGCUCGGCGAGCGUGGUGGGUUUGUCCAAGGAUGGGCACAACGCUCGGCAGAUCUGCUUGCUGGGACUGUGCACCAAAGACCCGGGGCUAUACAACGCUCCGGACGACUUUGGGGGCGCCGUCUACACGGCAGUGGAGUGCAACGAGUGCGGUUUGGACACGGCGAAAGAGCUGAGAUGGAGGCGCAUCUGA